AUGCCCUGCCUGCAGAUGCCGCCGUCCCCCGUGUCGCUGCCGCCGCACGCCUCGGUGCUGGUGCGGGACGCGCUGCAGCGCGCGGUGCAGGACUUCGAGGAGGCCCUGGAGCGCUCCAGCCCGGCGCCGGUGUCGCUGUCGCCGAUCCCCAUGUCGCCGAUGCUCAUGUCGCCGCUGCCGGCGUCUCCGGGACCGCCGGUGCCGCCGCGCAUACCGCCGCGCCGCUACCACAUAGAGACCAUCUCCAGCGGCAGGACUUCCAGUGCGCGUUACCUGGAGCAGGCGCUGGACGCCGGGCUGUGGGCGGCGGCCUCGGAGGCCUCGGACACGACCUGCGCGGCGCCCCAAGCGCCCGCCCUCCAGAACAUCCGGCAGCAGAUUGCGCGCAGCCUGGAGCGGAUGCGCGAGCUGGAGGAGGAGGUGAAGAUGAUCCCCGUGCUGCAGGUGCAGCUGUCCGUGCUGCAGGAGGAGAAGCGCAAGAUGCUGCUGCACCUCAAGACGCGCGGCGACGCGCCGCCCAGGCCGCAGCACGGCCUCAAGCAGAACGACCCGCCCGUCGUGGCGGUCGCCAUCCACCGCGGCGUCAACACGGACCCCGCACCCGCGCCCGUCAAGCCCACCACCGUGUCCAGGGCCACCCUCGCCGACGUGCGCGCGCCCACCAGCUCGCGGGCCACCAACACGGACGCGAGGACGCCGACGGCGAGCAGGGCCACCAACACCGAGGGCGUGCAUCGCCGCGACGCCGGCACGGCCACCGCGCGGAGGCAGCUCGUGGACGCGGGCGUCACCUGCAGCCUCCCGACGACGCCCACCGCCACGCCGCCGCGGACCGCCGACAAGCCCGCCGACGAGCUGCGUGCCACCACGCCGUCGCCCGCCCUGCACCCGCAGUCCCGCAUCCCCAGGCCCAGCUCCACCACGCCGCAGACGUCCCCGGGGCCGCCGCCCAGGCGGCAGUUCAAGAGGCAGGACACGAAAUUGCCCGGGGCGGAAGCGACGCCGUCGACGACAACGACGGCGACGGCGACGACGACGAAGCGGCAGCCGGCAGCCGGCGGCGCGCGCCACCUGGAGCACCACAACGAGUCCGAGGAGGAGAACGCGCGGCCCGAGGACGGCGACGGCGACAGCGACAACGACGAGCAGCGGCCCCGCUUCGAGCCCAUCCGCACCGAGCCGCGGAUAAAGUCGGAGCCGUCCAAGGAGAUGCGCGCCGCGCUCAAAGUUCUGGACGACCAUCUGCAGCUGCGGGAGACGCCACCCUCGGCGCGCGCCGGCGCCGUGCCGCAGGAGCUGCGCAACGCCUUCAACGUCGUGCAGCUGGAGUGGUUCAAGGUAUCGAGCACCAAAUCGGCCGACCCGCUCGAGGUGGAAGAUUACCUGGACUACUUCGAGUUCAAAUCGACCGGCCUGCUGGAGUAUGUCAUCAACAUGACGGACAACAGCGGCAACACGGCCAUGCACUACGCGGUGUCGCACGGCAACUUCGACGUGGUGUCGGUGCUGCUGGACUCCAAGGUGUGCAACGUGGACAUCAUGAACACGGCUGGCUACACGGCCGUCAUGCUGGUGUCGCUGGCGCAGAUCCGCACCGAGACCCACCGCCACGUGGUGCGGAGGCUGUUCCACCUGUCCGACGUCAACUCCCGCGCCAAGCAGCACGGGCAGACGGCGCUGAUGCUGGCGGUGUCGCACGGCCGCCUGGACACGGUGCGCCUGCUGCUGGAGGCCGGCGCCGACGUCAACAUCCAGGACGAGGACGGCAGCACGGCGCUCAUGUGCGCCGCGGAGCACGGCCACCUGGACAUCAUCAAGAUCCUCCUGUCGCAGGCCGACUGCGACGUCACCGUCGUUGACCACGACGGCAGCACGGCGCUGAGCAUCGCCAUGGAGGCCGGGCACCGCGACAUCGGCGUGUUGCUGUACGCGCAGGAGCACUUCCUGAGGGGCAGCUCGCCCUACAACUCGCUCAAGAUGCGGCGCGCGCGCAGCACCACACCGACGUCCAGGCCGCUGUCCGGACCGCCGAGCACGCCGCCGCCACACCGCAAGGCCGCCACCGGCGCCACCACCGCCUCGGCGCCCAACACCUUGCCCAGGAGCAAGCCCUAACAAACAAACGCCCUUCUUAACAACAUCCUGGACAACUUCUUGUUCUCUUUACUGUGCUGCUUCCAUCGAAAAAUUACUUAACCAUUUUGUCCAACUGUGCGUAAAGUACUAGAGCGCCAACUGCGUCCCCGCGCGCCUUUAGCUCCCGACCGAACCGUGUCAAAAUUUUAAUUUGGUUCCAGCAACAGUUUUGUACCCACUGUGUCGCUCGUCGCGACCACAUCCUAACGCUAAGCAGGCCGCUACUAACGCACCAACGGCCAUCACAUCCCCCCCCCAACUAAUCCCAGUUAACACGUUACCAGAAUGUAGCAGCGCUAAACCCAAGACUUAUGUAAUAAAAGACUUAUUUUAUGUAUUUAUUA